AUGACAACCGUUUGUACGACCACCCCGAAUUCCCCUCCUGACCUCUCCGGGUCCAAGUCCUCCAAGUCUUCCUCCUUUCGUUCCUCCUCGCAACACUCUGGCCCCGAAGCCAUCUUCACUGAUAUCUCCAAUUUCGAAGAAGUGGACCUCCAGGAUGAUGUGCAUGUCUCCUACACCAAGGGUGCAACCCCGUACGUCCAAAAUGCUGGAAUUACACGAGCUUCCGCGGCCAUCAUGCAGAAAUCGGCGGUUGCGACAACACGCGAUCUGACCGCCACGAAAACAAAGACACCCUACCCUACCGGAAAGCAGGUCAAUGGCACCUUGGCUCAGCCGGGCCGUGGUCCCAAGCACCGCCCCGGCAAUCAGCGGGAUCCGGCCUCUACCAAGCAAUCCGCCCUCCAAGUCACGAAGCCUCAUCGUUCGCGUUCCUCCUCCCCACUGCGACCGACAUCGAGCUUGAGCUCGUCGCCGUCUACACACAGCUUGUCCCUGACCCCCGUCAAUACCCACACCCUCAACCGGAAACCCUCGUGGCAGCGACCGCGCAAAACCGUGCAGGAUUUGGAGGAUGAAUACCAUGACUCCGAUGAAGAAUUACCCGAGGAUGCGAGUCUGUGGAAUGUUCCCAUCUCCCCGCGGCCGGUGCAGGAUCGAGCGCCAUCCCGGGCCUCCAGCCCUAACGGUCGCAGUCCAGGCCCUCGACCCCUGCCGCUGUCGCAUUCGGUAUCCGAUGUCACUGUGCCCCGGUCGCCUUCCGGUUCGCGAUCUCCCACGACCCGCAACAAUCGUUCCAGCUCUGCAGGACCUGAGCGCGGCCAGAUCUCGCCCCGCAAUCCGCGAGCAUACUCAUACAACAACAUGAUGUCGGAUUUGUCGGAAGAAGCCAAGAUCAUCACGGAAGCUUUGGAGUUCCACGCCGAUGAGCGCCAACGCCAGCGGGGAGAGCGUCUGCAAAGCGGGCUCUCCUCUCUUCGGUCAAGCGAGGAGUCCAAGCGCGGAUCCAAGAGCACCAUUGAGCUGCCCCCGUUGCAAAAGUCCAAUAUCAUGAUUGAUCCGUUACCUCCCAGCAAGGAGAAGGAGAAGGUCCUGACGCGGACGCGGCCCAGCUGGCUGCCUCCGAAGGACCAGAAGGAGGAGAAGCGGCAUUUAAAGGAAUACAAGCGGAUGAUGGCGCAGGCCAAGGAAGCAGAUAAACGCCGUGCGGCGAAGGCUGCUUCCGCGAAAUGCGAAAAAGACAACACUCGCGAGACUCUGCAGCAGAUCUGGGACGAGUACGUGUACCCGAAUUGGGAUAAUGUCAUUAAUGAAACCCGCACGCGGGAGUUAUGGUGGCGCGGAGUGCCGCCUCGGAUCCGGGGCUCGACCUGGCAGCGUGCCAUCGGCAAUGAGCUGGCUCUCUCCGAGGAAACAUACAAAAAGGCCUUGCAGCGCGCCAAGGACGUGCGGGCGCGGCCCGAGGGCGAUUCUGGGGAGACCAACAAGCGCAUGAGGGAUUGGUUCGAGGCGAUUGACGCGGAUGCGUCCAAGGCGUUCCCUGAUCUGAACUUGUUUCAAGUCGGCGGUCCGCUGCGCGAGACAUUGAUCGAUGUGUUGCAGGCGUACUCGAUGUAUCGCAGCGACGUGGGCUAUGUCAGUGGCUUGCAUACCAUCGCUGCCCUCCUUGUCCUGCAAUUUCCAUCGCCAUCGUCCGCGUUCCUGGCCAUGGCCAACGCGCUCAACCGGCCGCUCCCUGUUGCUUUUCUUACAUUGGACCGCGGGGCGAUCGGUCGUACAUAUUCACUGGCGUCUGCGACGCUGAAAUACAAAUUCCCGCGUUUGAUGACGCAUCUGCACGAGACGCUCCGACUCAGCGACGAAGAGAUCUGGGAGCCGAUGUUCCGGUCGCUGCUGACGAACGGGCUGGACUUGGAGCGUCUCAGCCGGGUCUGGGACUGCUGGGUGUUUGAAGGAGACCGGAUCAUGAUCCGGGCGGCCGUUGCGAUCCUCGGAUGCUUGCAACCCCAGCUGUUUGGGUACACCAAGCCGGACGACCAGAGUCGCAAGGCGGUGCAGGACAUUCUCAGCUGGGGACCGCGACAGGGGGGCACUCGGACGCAGGAGCGACACAGUGCCCCGGCCGCAACUGGGUUCGGAGGGGGGCAGAUGGCAUCUGGCAUGGGUGACUACUGGAUGUUGGGCUCGGCGGGUGACGAGGACGGAUUUAUGCAUGAAGUGCGCGAGGCAGGCAAGAUAAUUAUCUUCUUUUUCUUCGAUGAACAUAUUACUAUGGCAGGGUGGCAGGAGCAGCUACAUAGUCGUAGUAGUAGUCUGGCAGUCUACAGAGUAGUUUACAGCCAUGAAUUAAGGGUUGUCUGUCAGGAGUUUACCCUACUUCAUCUCUACAUAAAAAUGCCAUCAACAAUAGCAAUCGCCAAAAACUACCUGUGUUUCAAACUCCCUUUCUCGGAGUACUCGUUCUCAAUCCCUUCGGUGCCUUUUCCAUGGCAUGCACAUACACAGACACAUACCACUGCUACUAUCUCAGAAGCAGACACAGAUAUAAGCAACAUAUCAGAAGAGAGUCCUCUCCUUCCUCACCACCAACAAAAUACACCUCAAUCCCUCAAAGACAAAUACGGCACCUGCACCACCAUCCUCCACUACGGCACAUCCAGCUCUGUUCGUCUCUACACCAACACCACCACCACCACCACCAACAAGAAAAACAAAAAACUGCACGUCCUCAAAACCCUCCGCCCAACCCCCUCCUCCUCGACAAAACAAACCCUAAAAUCCACCCUCGAGUCCCUCCUCUCGUCAACACUCUACCAUCCACAUCUCCUCCAGACCAUUGAUAUUCUUCCCAACUCUCGUGGAGAAACAUGUCUGGUAAGUGAGUAUUGCGAAUUAGGUGAUUUGGGGACGUAUAUCUCCUCCUCCUCUACUUCCCAUGGGGAUAGUGUUAUGGGUGUUAAAGAAGCAGAUAGCAUCUUCUAUCAAAUCAUGAGCGCAGUGGAAUUUCUUCACGAGAUGGGGGUGGUUCAUGGGUGUAUUUGCGCGGAGAAUGUUUUGGUUUCUUCUAAAGAUGGGAAUGGGAAUGGGGUUUGUGUGAAACUGGGGGAUUUAGGAGAUGCGAGGGUGUUGGAUUCUCAACUCUCUCACGACCAUAUUGGGGUGAAAGAUGGUGAUGGUGGGUACUACGCAGCAUGGAAAGAAGAUGUAUAUCCCCUUGUUAGGGGAUUAUCGAUGGGGAUAGGGAAGUUUGAGGAGUUGGAGUUGGAGGGAAGAUGUGAUAGGGGGAAGAGGAGGAGUAAUCCUUAUGCUGCGCCGGAGGUACUUCAUCCUCCUUCUCCAUCUCCUUACUCUUCGGCUUAUUGUCGACGUGGGUAUGGAAGUCCUUCCCUAGGGGUAGCAGGGGAUGAUGACCCCCGGGCUGUGGAUGUCUGGGCUGUCGGGAUUAUCUACCUUGUCCUGAGACUGGGGAGGAUUCUCUGGCGGAGUGCGAGUGAGGAGGAGGAUGGGCGGUAUGCGGAGUAUCUUGCUGGGAGGAAGAGAAGGGAGGGGUAUGGGGUUAUUGAGGGGUUGGGAGGGUCUGGGGUAUAUGGCUAA